CGCUCUGCAGCUCUACCAGCGCUGUGCUGAGCAGCCGAGACCUUUGCACAGGCAGACGCACCACCGUCUCCUUUCGCCAGUUGCUGGCUUUGGUCGCAUUGGUCGGCCGGCAGCAAGCGUCCGCGGAUCAUGGGGAGCCACCGAACGGCUACUGGUGCCGCGCCGGCGUCGGCGCUGAUGCUCACCCUGCUCUUCGCGUCGUGGGUGCUCGCCGCGGCGCAGAACUACAGUGCCAUCUUCAACUUCGGCGACUCCAUCACGGACACCGGCAACCUGUGCACUAACGGCAGGCCGUCGAUGAUCACCUUCACCCAGCCGCCCUACGGUGAGACCUAUUUCGGCACCCCGACAUGCCGCUGCUCCGACGGCCGCGUCGUUGUCGACUUCCUGAGCGACCAGUUCGGGCUGCCGUUGCUGCCGCCGUCCAAGUCGAGCAGCGGGGACUUCAAGCAGGGAGCGAACAUGGCGAUCACGGGCGCGACAGCCAUGGACGCGCCCUUCUUCCGGUCAUUGGGGCUCUCCGACAAGAUCUGGAACAACGGGCCCAUCAGCUUCCAGCUCCAGUGGUUCCAGCAGAUCGCCACCUCCAUCUGCGGGCAAAGUUGCAAGAGCUACCUGGCCAACUCCCUAUUCGUGUUCGGUGAAUUCGGCGGCAACGACUACAACGCCAUGAUUUUUGGCGGCUACACCACCGAGCAGGCCAGGAAAUACACGCCCAAGAUCGUCAACACCAUCUCCAGGGGCAUCGAUAAACUGAUCGCCAUGGGCGCGACGGACAUCGUGGUGCCGGGGGUGCUGCCGAUUGGGUGCUUCCCCAUCUACCUGACCAUCUACCAGAGCUCCAACAGCAGCGACUACGACGACCUCGGCUGCCUCAACAAGUUCAAUGAUCUCUCCACGUACCACAACACCCUGCUCAAGAAAAGGGUCGACAUCAUCCAGAGCAGGCACAGGAAAACGGUGCGGAUCAUGUACGCCGACUUCUAUUCCGGCGUCUACGACAUGGUCCGGAACCCGCAGAAUUACGGGUUCAGCUCGGUGUUCGAGACGUGCUGCGGGUCGGGCGGCGGCAAGUACAACUACCAGAACAGCGCCCGCUGCGGGAUGCAGGGAGCGUCCGCGUGCGCCAGCCCCGCAUCGCAUCUCAGCUGGGACGGCAUCCACCUCACGGAAGCCGCGUACAAGCAGAUCACUGACGGAUGGCUCAAGGGGCCCUACUGCCGCCCUCCCAUGCUUCACAGCUAAAUAAGCCAGGAUAGGCGGUCCGUGAUUUAUAUUUAUUAUUUAUAUAGAGUUGGAUUGGAUUAAUUGAGGAGGGGAUUAAUUGUUGGCUUAUCGAUUUCGCUAUUUAUUUCUUUGGAGGGGUUGACUACGUUGCCCAAGAAAGCAAUGACGGCAACUGUGGAAUAUAAUAGUAUUGCGAUGUCAUCGAUCCUUGUUGUAACUUGCAUUUGGCGGCCAGUUUUAUCACAAAAUCAAAUGUAUUCGGCAUGCAUAAAAAGAACCAGUUCUUUUUCUGUGGCACAGUUUGAUUUUGCUUA